ACCUGAUGAGCCACUUUUAUGGGGGAUGAAAACCGAACCAUAGACAUCCAGUUCCACUUUCACCCAUUUUCACCCAUCCUGGAGAUACAAAUACUUAUUUUUGUGGCUUUCCUGCUAAUGUAUAUUGGCAGUCUCAUUGGUAAUGCCACAAUCUUUCUCACUGUCUGGGCAGAGCAUUCACUCCACACUCCCAUGUACUUCUUCCUGGCCAACCUGGCAGUUCUGGAGAUCUUUUACUCUUCCACUGUGGCCCCUCUCGCUUUGGUCAACCUCCUGACCAUGGGGAGAAUACCCAUCUCCGUCACUGGCUGUGGCACACAGAUGUUCUUCUUUGUCUUUCUGGGCAGUGCUGACUGUAUCCUCUUGGGGAUCAUGGCUUAUGAUCGGUUUGUAGCUAUUUGGGAUCCCCUGCGUUACACCCUCAUCAUGAGAUGGCAGCUGUGUGCCCAGCUGGCUAUGGGAGCCCUGGUCCUUGGUUUCAUUCUAGCCUUACAACUAACGGCUCUGAUUUUCCACCUGCCAUUUUGCGGCCAAAACAGAAUCACUCACUUCUACUGUGACGUACUCCCGAUCUUGCGGUUGGCCUGUGGAGAUACCCGAAUGCAAGAAGCCAUGAUCUUCAUUGUCAGUGUCAUCAUCCUUACUCUUCCCUUUUCCCUGAUCUCCAUCUCAUACGUCUUCAUUGUGGGUGCCAUUUUGAAGAUCCGCUCUGCAGAGGGGCGGCACAAGGCCUUCUCCACCUGCUCUUCUCAUCUGACCGUGGUUCUCCUCCAGUAUGGCUGCUGUAGCCUUAUCUAUUUACGCCCCAGCUCUAGCUACAACCCAGAAAUGGGCCGUGUGGUGUCUGUUGUCUACACCUUUGUCACCCCCGUCUUGAACCCCUUGAUCUACAGUAUGAGGAACAAGGAACUGAAAGAUGCACUAAAUAAGGGUCGAGCCUAAUCCCCCUCCCUUUUGAGUGUGGGCUAUACUUAGUUAACUUAUUUCUAGCAAAUGGAACGGGGCAGAAGUGAUCCCUAUGACUUCUCAGACCAGGUCUUAAAAGCUACUGUGGCUGCAGCCUCUCCCUGAUUACUCUGGGAGAAGCUGCCAUGUUCUGAGAACAGCCAAGAACUUCCAAGGAGAGGUCCAUGCCUCUUGCCAACAGCCAUAUAAGUGCAUGGACCCACCUUCAGAUGACGGGAGCCCUCGCUGACAUUUUGACUGUGCUUCCUGAAACACUACGAGCCAGAACCACCCUGCUAAGCUGCUCCUCCUAGAAUCCUGACCCUCCAAAGCCUUGUAAGGUAAGUAGUGAUUUUACUUUUCAGCUGCUAUGUUUUGGAGUAAUUUUUCGUGCAGCAAUAGAUAACAUAGUUCAUUAUUGGAAUGAACAAAGCAGUGACUGACAAGCUGUAUUUUACGGGGAUUUUGCAUGCACAUGGCCUACGUUCCACCAUGGAAAUCAGGGAAUGUCCUUACCAAAGAUUUUAUAAGCUACAAAACUGCAAAAAUUUCCCAGGUGUCCUUUAAUUCUGUCCCAUCCUCACACACCAUCAUAUAAACCCAGGUAGUGGUGGUAGUGAUGGUGACUUUUUAAGGGAAGAAAAAUACUUACCUUGAUUUGACUUCUGUUUCAAGAGGUCUCUUGGCCUCUCUUAUCUAAAAAGCCUUGUCUCCUACUCCUUAGCCCCAAUUUUCCAAAAUGACCACAAUGAAAUAUCCCUUCCCACAUGCUCUCCACCCACUGUGAUGCUGACACUCUUUCCAUCCAGAGGUGGGGUCCAUCUUUUUUGCCCUUGAAUCUAGGUGGGCUUAUCACUACAGCAGAAGUGAUGCUAUGUCACUUUCAAGACUAGGUCCUGACGGGGGAUAUGCUUCCAACUGGCCCUUAUGGGACACUUAUUCUUGGAACCCAGCCACCAUGCUGUGAAAAAAGUAAGAAACCACAUAGAAAGUCCACAUGUAAGUGCUGAAAAUCCCACCGAGGUCUCAGCUGAUAGCACCAACUGCCAGGUAGUCAGUAAAACUUCAGAUGGUUCUAGCAACCAACCACGGAGUCAGUCCCAGCUUCAAGCAGUACCACGUGAUGCCACCUGGAGCAGAGAUGAGCUGUUCCGAUUGUGUCCUGGCUAAACUGCAGAUUCAUUAGCGAAAUAAAUCAUUAUUGUUUAAACCACUAAAUUCAGACGGUCUGUUAUGCAUAUCGAGUAACUACAACAUCUCAAGUUAACCAUCAAAGUCCAAAAUGUCAUGUGUUUUAUAGUAUAAGUAACCUGUCUCACUAAUAGGAAAAAAAAAACCAGAAUGUAAGCAUCUCUUCAAUCAAAAUUGUCCUAAGUGUUAGCUAAUAAGUGAGGGAAGCAAGUGUGCCUGAAUCAUUGUAUUUUACAUCAGGUUUCUGUGUAAUUAAUAGAAUGCCUCAAGAAUGUAGCUUUUGGAGAAUGGUGUUCAUGGAAUUUGACUAAUUUUCACACGUUAUUGAGCGAGCCUCUUUCUUUUGCAAGGUUUACCCAAAGGAAGAGAUACAGCCAAGUUCCCUCCAGUAUAUCAGUCUCAGGGAACAGC